AUGUCAAAUGAUAUUUCAAAAGCUCAAUUGUUGGUUUAUUUUAAGAAGAUCAAUGCAUAUAAUUAUAUAUGCAAAAAAUGUAAUAAACCUUACAAGACACCGAAUGGAGGUAUUGGGAAUUUGAAAGCUCAUUAUGCUACACACUUACAAGAUGUUUCUGAUAAAGUUGUUCCUGGAAAAAGGAAAUCUCAAACGGUUUUACCGUGUGAUACAGAUGUUGUAAAUGCUGAUGAACCUCAAACUAUAGAUGUUGUUAGUGGUUCAAGUGUCACUAGUGCUAAAUAUUUGAAAGUACAGCAAACUUUACCUAAUUUAGUAAUGAAUAUUAAAUCUACAGAAAGUGGCUCAAAAGCUGAAAAAAUUACUAAUGCCAUAACAUUCUACAUUUGUAAAGAUAAUGUGCCAUUUAAGACUGUAGAAAAUGAAGGGUUUCAACAUUUGAUGCAAACAGUAUGUCCAUUAUAUAAGAUCCCUAGUAGAAAUACAUUUAGGAGAAGAGUAGAUGACAUUUAUGAUGUCAUAUCUUGCAAAUUCAAAGAAUCUUUGUCUAAAGUUCAACAUGUAGCUGUUACGACUGACGCAUGGACCGAAACAAUGCAGAUGAAGAGCUUCCUUGGGAUAACUUUACAUCUAAUCAAAGACACCAAACUUGAAUCAAGAACUAUUGGCACAGUGGAAUUAAAUCAAAGUCACACAUCAGAGUACAUUGGAAGGAUUUUGGUAAACACAUUGGCUGACUGGGGAUUGGAAAAAACCAAUGUUGUUGCAGUUGUUACUGAUAGCGGUGCUAAUAUAAAAAAAGCUAUUGUAGACCAGUAUACAGCCGAUAAACAUGUACCUUGUGUUGCUCACACAAUCAAUUUGGUAGUUGAAAAAGGAAUUGAGAAAACACAAGAAAUUGACAAAGAAACUAAUGUUAAAUCUGGUGGUGUUCCAGUCUUGGUAUCCAAAGUCAGAGAAAUAGUUAAAUUUGUAAAGAGAAGCUCAAAAGCUAGUGAUUUAUUGAGAAAGUAUCAAAAUAUUGAAGGUAAGAAAGAAGGGCAGUUUUUAAAACUCAUUUUGGACGUCAGAACAAGAUGGAAUAGUACGUAUUACAUGAUUGAAAGAUUUUUAAAACUAACCAACAACCUAUCACAAAUGCUUCUCACUCUCAAUGGUAAUGAUAUACCAGAAAUGAUAUCUGGCCAUGAUAUAAGAUGUUUACAAGACAUUUGUUCAUUGUUGAGACCAUUUGAAGUACUUACUAAAGAAAUAUCCACUGAAAAAUCGGUUAUGUCAAAAAAUGAAACAUUGCCAAUUGCAGAACCAGAUGGUAGUAACACAGACGAUCAUUGUAAUUUAUGGGGCCUUCACAAGUCGUUAGAAAAAAAGCGAAAUGAUGAAAAAGGUUAUAAUAAUACUGCCAGAGAAGAAUUAAGAUCUUACUUACACCAUAAUAUUUUAAAAUUGGAUCUUGACCCAUUGAUUGAAUGGGAAAACACAAAAACAAUUUUUCCAAAAUUAUAUAAACUAGCGAUGAAGUAUUUAGUGGUUCCUGGAACAUCCGUACCAUCUGAACGUCUUUUUAGUAAGGCUGGAGAAACUAUAAGCAAGACAAGAAACCGAUUAACUGGUUCCAGGUUGUCAAAACUACUGUUUUUACAAUCUGUGGACAAAAAUAAAUGGAAUUUUUGA